AUGGCUUUUCACGAUCACUUCCACCGUCGCCACGGCGCACGCGCUGCUAUGCCUGAAAUGGUCGCCAAUGAGCCUAGAGCACCCGUCGCAAAUCCAGAUCCUGCCCAAACUCUUGUAUCGGUGGUCUACGUGACGGCCGCUCAAACUUUUGAUGGCCCGGUUGCAGGAUACACCACUGUUGGUCAAUCUGCUGAUUCCACGACUGCUGCGGCUGUGGCCGCGGCAACAAACACUGAACAGGCAAAUACGCAAGCUACCACGGCGCAAACCGCAGCAACAUCUGCCGUGAUAGCAGCCCAGUCCUCUGUCGCGAGUGUUGAUGAUAACAGCUCAAUUGCUACAGCUACGUCAGAUAGCAACACGUCAAUUGUUGCUGCAAGCUCCGAUGCCUUGUCGAGUUCCAUGCCAACCGAGAUUUCUACUCCUGCUUCGUCCCUCGCAUCCCUCGCAAGUUCGGUCCCCAUUCUUGCCGCCUCUACCACUCUAGCUUCUUCGCAUAAGGCUGCUGCGGCUGCGGUGUCAUCAGUAUCAGGUACAGCAGCAGCAGCCUCCGCAAGCUCGUCAUCUACAAGCGCAUCCAAUUCUGGGGGUAUGAGUGCUGGUGGAAAGGCUGGAUUGGCGAUUGGUCUGUUGUUACUUUUCGCUGCUGUCCUGUCCAUCGUCCUCUUCUGUUUCAAGAAGCGUAAAGAUCAGCAAAAGCAAAAACUUGCCGAUAAUGAGAAGAACGAUCCGUUUGCCGAUGGUAUUGGUAGAGCAGCCAGCGUCCAGACUACCCGAACAAACCCUAAUGCACCACGUCUAUCUCUUCGUCCAGUUACUCAAUUCUUGCCCAACCUUACUCCCCAGAAGCGCCAGAGCCGUGGCAAUGUUCUUCAGACUGCCGAGCAAGUGGCACCAAUGUCUGAGAAGACUUACAACGAGAGACCUAUAACCCCACAGGCUGACAACGUUGCCAACCCCUUUGGUACUCAUGCUGAGACCAUCGAUACAACCAAUCCUUUUGGCAACCAUGCCGAGACCAUUGAUGCGACUAACGCCAGCGGUCCAGCUGAGGUUCACGUCAUGAGCCCCACUGGUGAAAUUGUGGCCGCUGCAACAGGUGCUCCAAGUACCCCACCUAGCAGCACUGCCAUUCCUGUCGGCAUUGCUCUUGCUCGUGGAGCAUCUAAGCGUGAGAAUGGACGCAAGGAGAUGGACUUUACCAAGUCUGGUCCUUUCAGAGGUCCUCCAAGUCCUGCUGGUACUGAAUUCAGCAUCAACUCGGAUACCACCUCAACACCAGCCCAGACUGAAACUGGAGCUGCUAUCGCCGCCGCUGGAGGUCCUGCUAACAGCGCUGUCCAUCGCGUCCAACUUGACUUCAAGCCUUCUAUGGAGGAUGAACUUGAAUUGCGCGCCGGUCAGCUGAUCCGUCUCUUGCAUGAGUAUGAUGAUGGAUGGGCCCUUUGCAUCCGUCUCGAUCGCGCUCAGCAAGGUGUCGUCCCAAGAACCUGUCUCUCAACCCGCCCUGUCAAGCCUCGCCCACAGCAAAAGGGUCCUCCAACUGCCCGAGGACCACCACCCCCACCAGGCAUGCGUGUUCCUCAACAGGGCCGCCCCAUGCCACCUGCCAUGAACAACGGACCUCCUCGCUCACAGUCACCAUCCGGAAGACCAAUGUCACCUGCUAUGAACAAUGGACCUCCUCGUUCGCACUCACCUUCUGGCAGGCCCAUGACUCCCAAUGGAUCUCACCCGAGAGGUCCACCAAACAACCAACAAGGCCGUCAGCGCAGCGGAUCUGCCUCCCAGGUGCAAGCUAGACGAAACAGCCCCCCUGGGCCAAGUCGGAUGAACCCAAAUGCACCACCAUCUGACGGCAGACAAUCUUCUGAACCCCGCGGUCCCCCAGCCCGAAAACCAGUUCCAGGUCAAGCUCUAUGA